UUUGGGCAAGAAGAAGCAGAACAGUGUGUGCAUUUUUUAACCAAUAGUAGAAUUACGUGAACUUAAAAGUUUAAUAAUUUAUAAAAUUAAUUAAAAAUGUUAAAUAUAAAUAAAAGCAAAAGUUUUUUCAACAAAACUUCCUUUAGUUUAAUAAAAAGAUGUGCCUCCAAUUACAAAUCUUUUGGCAGUCAAGCUACUUCUUCCUCUAUUACCGAUGCACCCGGACAUGAGGAACAAGUUGCGGAACAGCCUUCCAGCAAAUUACCCGCCCGUUUGCCUUUAGUUAAAAACUUUUUUGUGGGCCUAGUAGACAAUGAAUUACUGGCCUAUCCGGAGGUAAUAAAUCGUGAAGAUAUGGCCCGUCUUCAAAAUGAAUUGUUGCCUUUGAAGAAUUUCUUUGCGGAAGAUUUCGACAGUCAAAAGGCCAGUGCUACUCAUACUAUGCCAGCCGAUUUGGCUGAUAAUUUAAAGCAGUUGGGUUUGUACGGGGCUAAUGUAAGUUUGGAUUUUGAUGGCAAAGGCUGGGGUUAUAGUGAAAGUUUGAUGGCUUCCGAACCGGAAUCACAAGCAACAGAAGUGGCUUUGGGCUUACUGGGACAUCGCAGUAUUAUUGAUAUUAUACAAGAAAAGGGAUCGCCGGAGCAAAAGCAAAGAUUUUUGCCUAAAUUGGCAAAUGGUUCCCUUGUGGCUUCCGAAGCCAUUUAUGAAUGGGAAGCUGCUGAGGAUGAAUUUUUCCAUACCAAAGCACAGCAAGAAGUUGAAUCACACAGUUGGGUGCUAAAUGGCAGUAAAGCUUUUGUUGUUUCUCCGCCUAAAACUUCCGAUGCUUCCCAAUUGUUUUUAAUCGUUGCCCAAACUCAAAAAGCCAAUAUACAAAAUGAAGCUGGACGUUCCACAACAAUAUUUCUGAUUGAUUCUUCUACACCAGGUGUAAAGUUGGGUGAAAGACAUCAAACAUUGGGCUGCAAAGCCACCACAACACAAACAUUAACUUUGGAAAAUGUGCGUGUUUCGGAUAGUUGUGUUUUGGGUCAUGCUCAUGAGGGCAAUGUGGUAGCCGAUACUUUAUUAAGAUCCAGUCGUUUGCGUAAUUCUAUGUUGGGUUUGGGUAUGGCAAAAAAUAUUCUCAAUGAAAUAUCUCAUCAUUGCAUAGACAAGAAACAAUGUGGCGUAGUACUCAAAGAUUUAGAAUCGGUGCAAACUCAUUUGGCUAGAUCGUGUUUAUCAAUCUAUAGCAUUGAAAGUAUGAUUUAUAUGACAGCUGGUUUGUUAGAUGAAUUUAAAUCUCCUGAUGUGGCUCUAGAAUCGGCUAUAACCAAGUAUCACACCCUUAAGGAACUUUUUAACAUUUGCACUACAUCUUUAGAUAUCAUAGGACCAAAAUCUUUACACGCAGGACAAAAAACUGAAACCUAUUUCCGUAAUGCUGCCCAACUUUAUACUUUAGGAGAAUCAAUUGAUAACUUAAGCAUUUAUAUAGCUUUGACUGGUCUACAACAUGCGGGAACUCUGAUGGGCGAUAAUAUACGCAUGCAGCGUAAUCCACUCUUCCAUCCAGGACACAUAUUUUCUAAAUUUAUGGAACGAUCAAGUAUUGACAACCCCAAAACCACAAUGGAUCUUAAGGAAAAUGUUCAUCCCACCCUAGAGCCAGCAGCUUUGUGCAUAGAACAUUCAGUGGCCCGUUUACAAAUGUCCGUAGAUCUUUUGUUUACCCGUUAUGGCAAUGGUAUUGUAGAACGUCAUAAUGAAGCGAGACGUUUGGCUGAUAUGGUCACCACAAUUUAUGCCAUGUUCGCUAGUGUAGCUCGUGCCUCUCGCUCCUAUUGCAUUGGUUUGCAAUUGGCUGAUCAUGAAAUGUUAACGGCCAUGACUAUUUGUUGUGAUGGUCGUGAUAAAGUAAAGACAUUGGCUCAAGAAAUCUUUAAUGGACAAUUUGUUAAUAAUGAUAAUAAUUUGCAGCGGUUAUCGAGACAAAUCGUUAAGAGUAAAGGAUAUUUUGCUACUCACCCAUUGACGUAUAAUUUUUAGGAUUUUGUUAACGAGAAAUUAAGUUUAUUUUUGUAAAAUAAUUUGUUGAGCUAAAUAAAUAUAAUCUUACAAACGAAAAAAACCGAAAAA